AUGACAUGUGCUGUACCUAUUGAAUAUAAAGUUAAUGUAUCAUUGGAGGAAUGCCAUACAUUAUGUAUAAAUAAAACACCCAGUUGUUUGACACUUCAAUAUGAUUUAUAUAAAAAAUCUUGUCAAGUUUUUAAUACACCAUCACCUUUUGAUCAAACUACAGGAAAACUUGGUAUUAAAAAUUUAAAAGAAACACCUUUUCGUUUUAGAAGGCAGGUUAAUUCUAAUUCUGUUGGAUCAUUUGAAUUACAAAAAUCAUCUCAAGAUAAUGGUGUAUGUGAAAUAACAAUGCUUCCAUCUAUUGGAUAUAGUUUUAUUGUUUUUGAUCAAGAAUGUUAUAAAAUGCAAAUUGAAUUUACAAGUGAAGUUAAUACACAAUUAGAAGUUUUUAAAACAACUAAAAAUGAUACUACAAAUGUUAAGACAAAAAAAGCUAUGGGUGUUGGUUUUGUUCAGGAGGCAUUUAAUAAUAAUAAUGAAGAAGAAGAAGAUAAUGAUACACCACCAAAUCCUUUUAAAACAGAUACUCCAUCACUUAUUAAUAAUGAUAUUCAAAAUUCUUUUAAAACUUUUUCAAAAGUAAAUUUUAUAUCAAAUGAUAAUAAUGUGGAUAAUCAAGUUAAAGUUCUUCCUAUAAUGUUAGAUUGUCCUGAUAGUAGUAAAGCUAAAAUAUUAAUAACUGAUGGUAUUGAAAUAAUUAAUCAACAACCAAUGAUAAGUUUACAUUUACCUGAUACUGAAAAAUGUUUAUAUUCAUGUAGAAUAAAUUCUGAAAUUGAGGGAAGGCGUUUCUCAAGGCAAUGUCGUAGUGCUACAUAUGAUAAACUUCGUUCUAUAUGUUAUAUAUAUGAUGAUUUAUUAAUACCAUCAGGAUCAUUUGAUUAUAAUCCAAACAGACAAAGUAUAUAUUUUGAAAAAAUUUGCCUCCCACAAUCUGAUAUUUCAAUUGGUUGUGAUGAAGGUUUAAUUAAAUUACCUCAACAUGUUUUAUUAGGACAUGCUACAGAAAUAAUUGAUGCAUCAAGUCAAAAUAUAUGUAUAAAAUUUUGUAUAACAUCUCUUCCUAAAUAUGGAUUUAAAUGUUCAUCAAUAAUGUAUUUUUAUGAAUUUGAUAAAUUUAAUUGUAUUUUAAAUAAAGAAAAUAGAUAUACAAAAUAUCAAUUUUUUAGACAAGAAUUAAAACAAAAAGUUGAUUAUAUAGAAUUACCAACAUGUAUGUUAAAAGAAAAUCAAAAAAUUGCUUUAUCAAAUGAUGAUUAUAAAUAUACAGCAGAUGAUACAAUAUAUGAUGAAGCUGAAUGGGGUGUAUGGUCAGAUUGUGAUAGUAGUAUGACAAAAACAAGGACACGUUUACAAUGUACAACGUGUAUUGUUAAAAGUGAAACUGUUCCAUGUAUAAAAAAUGAAAAAGAAUUUAAUAAAUUUAUUGAUAUGUAUGAUGAUGAGAAAGGCAAACCUACUUGA